AUGGUUGAUCGAAUUAGUGAAAUGUCUGAUUUAACUCUUUCACUUGACGGAUGGACGGAUGUAUCUAAUAACUCUAUAUAUGCUUUUCUUUUACAUAAAUUUGAAAAUAUUAAUGAAAUUAUUAAUAUAAAAGAAUUUUCUAGUAUUCGGCAUACAUCAAGUAAUUUACUUGUUGCAAUAAUAAACUUAUUGCAAAAUGUCUCUAUAGAUUUUAGUAAGAUUAUCACUAUAGUUACUGAUAAUCCUUCGCAAUAUCAAAAUAUGAUUAAAAAAAAUUUAGUAUUAGUAAAUUUUUUUACUAGUUCACAUUUUUGGAAUGUGAAGUUAAGAAAAUGGGCUUUAGAAAAUAAUAUUAAAACUGGAUUACAAACUUUUUGUAAAACCCGAUGGUAUUUACUUUCAAAAGUUUGUCUUUCAGUUCAAACCUAUAAAAAUGGGUUUCAAACUUGCCUUGAAUAUAAUAAUAAUUUUCCUAAUGAAUGCCCUUCUCUCUUAACUAAAAUCAAAAAAAUAAUUACAAGUGAUAUAUUUGCAGAGUUGUUAUUUAUUUAUAAAAAGUUAAAAUUAAGUGAAUUUGAAGAUUUUGAUUAUGGAUUAAUUGAUCAUGCAAAAAAUAUAGUCAAUUUUCGAGCAAAAGAAUUUGAUGAACCUAUAUAUUACUUGGCAUUUUUUUUAAAUCCAAAAUUUCCUACACAAAUUUCACAAAAUUUAUUAAAUUAUUAUAAUAAUGAACCACCUUUUAAUUUAACAACUUUAGAACCACGAGCAUAUUGGAAGCAUAUUUCUUAUCAGGCUGCUACUUCAAUCUUAAAAAUGAUUUCACAAAUAAAUCUUGCUUUAUCUAUAGAAGUUCCUAAAAAAAAUCCAACUAAAAAAUUGGUUGAAAAAGAUAAAGAUAUUGAUGAUUUAGAUAAUUAUUAUAAAGAAUUAUUUUCUUCAGAUUUUACUGAAGAAGAUAAUGAAUUAGAAUUUAGCCACAUUCAAGAAAUUUCUUUAGAAUCAAUUCAAAAUAAUUCAGAAUCAUUUAUAGAAGAGUUUAUUAAUUUUGAUAUUAUUGAAGAAUUAAUUACAAUAUCAGAUAAA